AAUAACGUACGUGGAGCACACUACAAAACGUUAAUUUAUCAUCACACUCCACUACUCCAACUCAAAUAAAAGCAAACAAAUGAAACCCAAUUCCAAUUUCAUUCAUCUCGAUAAAUACCAAACAAGCAGCUUCAGUUUUUACUCCUUAAUUGAGAUUUAAUUAAGAUGGAUAAGGAAUUUGAUCUCAAAAAGCAGGUUAAGAUUACAGGAUUGCUACAAAGUGAGGAAUUGCACAAUUAUAUCCUGGAAACUAGUGUUUAUCCACGCGAGGCGGAAUGUCUUAAGGAGCUUAGGGAAGCAACCGAAAAUCACCCUAUGUCCUUUAUGGCUGGGGCACCAAUUGCAGGACAAAUGAUAUCAUUCCUUUUGAAGAAGGAGAAUGCUAAAAAGACUAUUGAAGUUGGAGUCUUUACUGGAUAUUCCCUCUUGCUUACUGCUCUUUCUAUCCCAAAUGAUGGCAAGAUUACUGCAAUUGAUUUUGAUAGGAAGGCAUAUGAAAUCGGAUUGCCAUUCAUCAAAAAAGCUGGUGUUGAAGGGAAAAUCGACUUCAUUGAAUCAGAUGCUCUCCUAGCUCUUGAUAACCUUCUGCUCAAUGCUGAAAACGAAGGGAGUUUCGACUUUGCCUUUGUGGACGCGGACAAGACUAGCUACCAAAACUACCAUGAGAGGUUGAUGAAGCUCGUCAAGGUCGGGGGCGUGAUUGCUUAUGACAACACUCUUUGGGGAGGAACGGUUGCCAUGCCCGAAUCACAAGUAGCAGACUUCAUGUUGGAGUAUCGAGAAGCCGUCAUGAAAUUGAACAAGUCUUUGGCUGCUGAUACUCGCAUAGAUAUUGCUCAUCUUCCUCUUGGAGAUGGUAUUACUUUCUGUAGGCGUUUAUAUUGAUUGAUCAUCCAUUAUUGUCUUCCAUGGUUAAUUCUCCUAAUAAUAAUGUUGCCAAUAAUUGGAGGAGAAACUUGUAACCUUUGAACCAUUUCUUAGACAGUAUAACUAGAUGUGAUGUUCUUCCAAAGAUUGUGAUUAUUCUUGAAUAAUCACGUUCCUAGUUUAAGAGAGUUAUGAACCUUUGAACA